AUGGAACCAUGGAACAAUGUGACAUACUUUGUCCUCUUGGGCUUCACACAGAACCCAAAUGAACAGAAAGUUCUUUUUGUUCUGUUCUUACUCAUCUACAUUUUCACCAUGGUGGGAAACAUGCUCAUUGUGGUGACUAUAACAUUCAGUAAGACCCUCGGUUCACCCAUGUACUUCUUUCUUGCUAGCUUAUCAUUUAUGGAUGCAAUUUAUUCCUCAGUAAUUUCUCCCAAAUUGAUUUCAGACUUGCUAUUUGGUGGAAAUAUAAUAUCCUUCAAAUUUUGUAUGACCCAACUCUUUACAGAACACUUCUUUGGUGGAUCAGAGGUUUUUCUGUUACUGGUCAUGGCCUAUGACCGUUAUGUGGCCAUCUGUAAGCCCUUGCAUUAUUUGGUAAUCAUGAGGCAGUGGGUGUGCAUUGUUUUUCUUUUGGUGUCUUGGGUUGGGGGUUUCCUGCACUCAGUAAUUCAACUUAGCACUAUAUAUGGUCUCCCAUUCUGCGGCCCAAAUAUCAUUGAUCACUUUCUCUGUGACAUGUAUCCCUUACUGAAACUUGUCUGUACCGACACCUAUGCCGUUAGUCUCUUAGUGGUGGCUAAUGGAGGAUUGAUCUGCACUACUAUAUUUCUGCUCUUACUCAUCUCUUAUGUUGUCAUCUUGCGCUCCCUAAAGAACCUGAGUCAGGAAGGGAGGAGGAAAGCCCUCCAGACCUGUGGCUCCCACAUCACUGUGGUUGUCUUAUUCUUUGUUCCCUGUAUUUUCAUGUAUGUGAGACCUGCAAAGACCUUCCCGAUUGACAAAUCAUUGAGUGUGUUUUAUACAGUCAUAACCCCCAUGUUGAACCCAUUAAUCUAUACUCUGAGAAAUUCAGAGAUGACUAAUGCUAUGAAGAGACUCUGGAGGAGAAAUAUCAUAUCUCAUGGUAAAUAA